ACAAGCCGUCAGAAACUUCAAAUUAGUUCAAAACAAGCGACCGAUAAAACCACUAAAUUUAGCGAGGAAUCAAAUUUGGCCGAAUAUUUCACGCAAAUGGACGUGGAAGAUGCCGUGCAAUCGAUUUGCGACUCUACGGCUUCGUUGUCCGAAGGGUGUCGACUACCCGUGCGUAUGACUGGUACUAACGAUUGGCCACUAGCGGAAAUUAUCAGUAUCAAGGAGGUGACGGAUAAAUCUGUUUGGUACUACGUACAUUAUGUGGAUUUUAACAAGCGCUUGGACGAAUGGGUCACCGAAGAGUACUUGGACACCCGGAAGGUUCAGUUCCCGCGGAAAGAUGGUCUUGCUACCGGUCAAAAUACCGGAGUUACCACACCUAAGCGGAUACCGCUGCUUGGAGAGCGCUCACGCCCCGCUAGUCCUAUUCAAUCGCCAGACAUUGUCAACGGAAGUGCUGUUCUGGCGGCCGCACUACAAAAAAAGAUCAAUCGAAAACGAAAAGCCAUCUCCACCGAGAAUGAAGACUCUCAGGAAGUCCCAACAACGCCAACUCCACGACAAUCGGGUAGUAUGGUCACGCACCAUGACGACGUCGUGACGCGGAUGAAGAACGUCCAGCUAAUAGAGCUCGGAAGACAUCGUAUCAAGCCGUGGUAUUUUGCACCUUACCCGCAGGAGCUUUGCUCCAUGCCUUGCAUUUACAUCUGCGAAUUCUGUCUCAAGUAUCGUAAAAGUCGGAAGUGCUUGGAGCGGCAUAUUAAAAAGUGCAAUCUGCGGCAUCCGCCCGGGAAUGAGAUCUACCGGAAGAACACGAUCAGUUUCUUCGAGAUCGAUGGACGGAAGAACAAAAGCUAUGCGCAGAAUUUGUGCCUGUUGGCAAAACUGUUCCUGGACCAUAAAACACUCUACUACGACACGGAUCCGUUCUUGUUCUACGUGAUGACGGAGUUUGAUUCGAGAGGCUUCCACAUUGUUGGGUAUUUCUCGAAGGAGAAAGAAAGUACAGAGGACUACAAUGUGGCGUGUAUUUUAACGAUGCCACCCUAUCAGCGAAAAGGUUACGGCAAGUUGUUGAUUGAAUUUAGCUACGAGUUGUCGAAAUUCGAAGGAAAAACGGGUUCACCUGAAAAGCCUCUGUCCGAUUUAGGGUUACUAUCCUACCGGAGUUACUGGGCUCAGACGAUCCUGGAGAUCUUGAUUCUGGCGAAACCGAUGGGGGAUAACGAGAAACCUCAGAUAACUAUCAACGAAAUCUGCGAGCUGACUAGCAUAAAAAAGGAGGACGUCAUUUCGACACUGCAGAUUCUGAACCUAAUCAACUACUACAAAGGCCAGUACAUUAUCUGCAUCAACAAGGAGACAAUCGAUCAGCAUCGGAAGGCGAUGGAGAAGCACAAGAUUCGAAUCGAUUCCAAGUGUCUCCACUGGACACCGAAAGAUUGGUCCAAGCGAUCCAAGUGGUAACGUAAGUUAGAUACAGCAGCGAAGGGGGGAAACACAACAGAUUCAUUGUGUCAAUGAGCAAUGCGUGGGUCAGCCAGCAACGACUAAAAGCUUUGGGUAAUAUAUUAUGUAGGCUUAUGCUUUGCCCCCUAACCGGAGAGGAGGAUGCGCUUCCCAUUACUGAACCGUAACGCAAGAUGACCUGAUGGUUAUUCUGUAUUUUAGAAAGAUGUGUUCCAAUUUUACUAUACUUAUGAAACUGGCACGAAAAAAAAAGAAAUCAAACUAUCAAAGAGUGUUUUUCUUCAACGGAACCGUGAUCCGGUUGUUUCACCAUAUUCUCUCGGUGUGCCCCAUUAAAGCUAUUUAUAGCGACAAGGAUUUAGUCUUAACACAUAGAUUCUGAUUAAGAUUGUAAAUGAUAAUAAAUUGAACGA